AUGAAGAGGAUUCAGAUUUUGAAAAGGCAUAUACAAGCUGUUAAAGUGAAGGAAGAGGUGAAAGACACUCUAACAGUGCUUGAUAACCGUACAGGUGUAAAAUAUGAGCUUCCAAUUAGAGAAAACAUGAUAUCAGCUAAAAACUUAAGUACAGUAAAAGACUCAAAAGGAAAUAUUACUAAAUAUAUCGAUCCUGGAUACUUAAAUACAGUGAGUGGGCACACUCGCGUAUCUUUUGUUGAUGGAGAGCAAGGGAUACUGGAGUACAGAGGUUACUCAAUCAAAGAACUAGCAGAGAAAUCAACAUUCAUAGAAGUUGCUUAUUUGCUGAUUUAUGAAGAUCUUCCUACUAUCCAGCAACUUGAGGAAUUCAGUAAGAAGAUUAUGAAUCAUUCAUCUCUUCCUAUUGAGCUGAGAAACAUCAUGAGUUGUUUUAAAAAUGAUGCUCAUCCAAUGGGAAUGUUUAUAUCAGCAAUGUCUGGGUUAUCUACUUUCCAUCCUGAGGCAAAUCCAGCAUUAGCUGGGCAAUCAUGCUAUGAUGAUCCUUACAAAAGGGAUAAACAUAUCUCUAAUAUCCUUGGCAUCUCUCCAACGAUCUCAGCUGCAGCAUACAGACACAAAAACCAGAAGGAGUUCAACAAUCCAAGGGAUGGAGGAUAUAUCGAAAACUUCUUCUACAUGCUUCAUCAUGAAAAAGGGACUGACUAUCAGCCCCAUCCAGUCCUUGUAAAAGCAUUAGAUGUCAUGUUCAUUCUGCAUGCAGAGCAUGGUUUUAGCUGCUCAGCUGCAGCAGUAAGACACUUGGCUUCUGCAAACACUGAUGUUUACAACUGCAUUGCAGGUGGAGCAGCUGCUCUCUAUGGAACACUUCACGGUGGAGCUAACGAAGCUGUCCUCAGAAUGCUUAUGAAGAUUGGCAGCAAGGCCAAUGUUCCUGCCUUUAUUGAGAAAGUUAAGAACAAGGAAGAGAAGUUGAUGGGAUUUGGCCAUAGAAUGUACAAAUGUUAUGAAAUCAGGCCUAAAAUAGUUAAAACCAUUGCUUUAAAAGUCUUUGAGGUAUGUGGCAGAGAGGAAUUAUUUGAUGUGGCCCUUGAGAUUGAACAGAUUGCUCUUAAAGAUCCUUACUUUAUAAAGAGACGACUCUUCCCUAACAUUGACUUGUUUUCAGGAGUCGUUUAUAAAGCAAUGGGAUUCCCACCUGAAUUCUGUCCAGUUUUGUUUGCAAUGCCGAGACUUGUCAGUUGGUUGGCACAUUGGUCUGAAUUCCUAGAUGACCCAAAUAGGAAGAUCACCAGGCCCCAACAGGUCUACACUGGUCACAGGAACAGAAAGUAUGUCCCUCAAUGAGACAUUAAAGCUCAGGUGAAAAUUGAUUUAGAGGUUCCAAAUACCAUAACUGAAGCUCAGAUUGAGCCUUCUGACCGAUAUAUGAAUCCAUAA